GUUAGCUUUAUACGUCUACGAGUAUUUACUGCACGUAGGGGCCCAGAAAUCUGCACAGACCUUCUUAUCGGAGAUUCGAUGGGAAAAAAACAUCACGUUGGGAGAACCGCCUGGGUUUUUGCACUCGUGGUGGUGUGUAUUUUGGGACCUUUACUGUGCAGCUCCUGAAAGGAGAGACACUUGUGAACAUUCAAGUGAAGCAAAAGCCUUUCAUGAUUACAGUGCAGCAGCUGCCCCGAGCCCCGUCCUCGGCAACAUUCCCCCCAACGAUGGGAUGCCGGGAGGCCCCAUCCCACCGGGAUUCUUCCAGGGUCCUCCGGGGUCACAGCCCUCGCCGCACGCACAGCCUCCACCUCACAAUCCCAGCAGCAUGAUGGGACCCCACAGUCAGCCUUUUAUGUCACCGCGCUACGCAGGCGGCCCCAGGCCCCCGAUCAGAAUGGGAAACCAGCCUCCAGGAGGAGUUCCUGGGACGCAGCCAUUGCUGCCCAAUUCCAUGGAUCCCACACGACAACAAGGCCACCCCAACAUGGGAGGAUCAAUGCAGAGAAUGAAUCCUCCCCGAGGCAUGGGGCCCAUGGGGCCUGGCCCACAGAAUUACGGCAGUGGCCUGAGACCUCCACCCAACUCCCUCGGCCCCGCCAUGCCCGGGAUCAACAUGGGCCCGGGAGCUGGCAGACCCUGGCCCAAUCCUAACAGUGCUAACUCAAUUCCAUACUCCUCCUCAUCGCCCGGUACCUAUGUGGGACCUCCUGGUGGUGGCGGCCCCCCAGGAACACCCAUCAUGCCUAGUCCUGCAGAUUCAACAAAUUCCAGUGACAACAUCUACACAAUGAUUAAUCCGGUGCCGCCCGGAGGCAGCCGGUCCAACUUCCCGAUGGGUCCUGGCUCUGACGGCCCGAUGGGCGGCAUGGGCGGCAUGGAGCCCCACCACAUGAAUGGAUCAUUAGGGUCAGGUGACAUAGAUGGACUUCCAAAAAAUUCUCCCAACAACAUAAGUGGCAUUAGCAAUCCUCCAGGCACCCCUCGGGACGAUGGCGAGCUAGGGGGGAACUUCCUCCACUCCUUUCAGAACGACAAUUAUUCUCCAAGCAUGACGAUGAGUGUGUGAUUCCCCCUCCUCCGAGACGCUGAGAGAGCCGGCAUUGCAGGCAGGAAGAUGCCAGAAAUUAUGCAAGAAGAAGUGAGGUGUCAUUACCAGGAGCUGGGGGAGGGCAUCUCCCGCUCCUCUCAACCUCGCCCUCCUCCCCUUCCACUCACCUCUCCCAAUUUUAGUUUCAUGCAAUAAAAAGGCCGAACUUUUUAUUCCAUAAAACAUGAAGGACAAAACUCAAAAGAAAAAUAUAUUUCAGGUCAAUGACCAGAAAAAUCCUACCCCUUGCCCUCCCCCCCAAGGACCUUUUCUGUACAUGACACUUUUUUGUUGUUAUUUUUUGUUUGUUUGGGGUUUUAUUGUUGUUGGGAUUUUUUUUUCUGGGGGGGGCUUGGGGGGAAAUUUUUAAAAAUGGAAGCUUCUAGUAAGCCCCCCACUCCACCCUAAUCAACCUUUGUUUUCUUCUUUAAAAAAAAAAAAAUGAAAGAAAAAAGGCAAAAAAAAACAAACAAACAAAAUCCCACAAGCCCUGCUGUCUGUCUGUACCCAAGCCCUUCCACCAAAAAAGCUAGUCUAGGUGUGAGGUCUCACACUGUCUUUGUAGCCAUCUAAAAAUAAUAAUAAACUGGACAGUUUACAAUUGGUGGUUUCUUUCACAAAGCCUUUUUUGAAAAGAAAGGAAGUCACCCUUUUUUACCUGGGGUUUUUGGUUGGUGUGACAGAUGCGGGCGGGGCUAGAACCUGUUUUGCUUUGAAAAUGGCAGUAGCACACGCAGACCCCAGGACCUCGCUCCCCAUCUCAUGGCUGGAGGGGCUGGGCCACCCGACCCCACUUACUGGAUUCCGCCGGAGCUGAGACCUGUCUGUGACCGGGCGGCCUGCACUGUGUCCCCAGGACUGCUUCCUCCUCUCUCUUCUGGACCUCUCCCUUCCCUGGCCUCCCUGCCUCUCCAGCCCUUCCUCAGCCCCCACCCCAGUCUUCCCAGCGAGAAUCCUGCCAGCUGGGUGGUAGCCUGGUGCAGAGAGGAGAGGCUGCCACCAACAGGAUGGCUAUGACCUGGGACAUGGAUGCUGACCUCCGCUUUACGGUCCCGUGGUCCUGGCAGCAGCAGCAGCAGCGUCGCCAUCGUGUGCAUGGGCAGGGGGGCUGGAGUUUUGCUUUUCUUACGUUGUUUCUCUUUAUUCGUCCUUCUUUUUUAAAAGAUGGGAUAUUGCCCAGAAAUGCUCUGUAUAUGCUUGGAACCGGAUGGAAAGACUUCGAAGUCACCGUGGGGGGUGGGGAACACCAACAACCAAACAGACAAGCUGUCUCCGAUCCUGUUUUUAUUUUCAAAAACCGACAAACCUGAUGGUGGAGCCUGUUCCCCUCCCCGGAGGGGUGACUGUGGCCUCCCUGGCCUCACCCCGCCCCCCCAUCGAAACCUCUGUGUCUUGCCCUGGAAGACACUCGAAUUCUUUGUACAUUUACACUCCCUCUCCUCCCCCCUCCCUCCCCCGUAGCUGGUCUUUGUUUUAUUGCCUCCCCUUUCUGAUCCAUGUAUAUCAUAUUAUGUGAGAUAUCAUCUGCCUGAAAAAAGACCUUGUGCGGAUUAUUGGGAACAUUGUAGCUGUUUCUGUGUUUUUUCUUACCUUGUAGUCUGGUUCUGAAUUAAGAGAGGAAAAAAAAAAAGUAAUUAUGAUACAUUGUAGUUUGUGUACGAUAUAUGUUGAUAACGUUUUAUUAAAGGGACAUCUUUUUUCCGCA